AUGAAGCAGACAGCCAUUCACGCCAAGGCCGAACACUUCAACUCCAAGGGAAUGCCUUCGGCAUCUGCUGGCCCGACGACAAACACAGGUCAACCUUCGGCAUCCACCUAUGACCGUUUUCCGCCACAUCAGACCGCUAAUCAGGCUCCCUGCCGAACAGCACCCACUGUACUCGCACCUUACACAACCAGGGACAAGCGAAGGGACUCGUUCUAG